AAGAUGAGUAUAAUUACACACAUCCUUCUCUUCCUUCUCAUGGCUUGGAUAUAGAUAAUAGACUUGAAAAUAUUUCCUCUAAAAUCGAAGACAUUAUUGAAUAUCUUGAGAUGAUUAAGGAUUAUAUACUAUCUAUGUUAUAUGACGAGUUUCGCAAAGAUAUUGAUAACCUUACAAAUAAUUAUAA